AUGGCGCCCGUCCGAAAUGGGGCAUAUUUCGAGAGAACAUCCUGGCGCUGGGCAUUCCCAAUCUCAGCUCUGCUGCUAUGGUUCACAUGGACUGUGUUCUGGCCGGGUCAGAACCUGUACAACACGUUUGGUCCUCUUGGCUUCGUGUCCAAAUACCUUGUGGAACAUCACUACCCUCUCAUGUACUAUGGCUGGUGGCUGGCCUUGGCCAUUCACAUUGGUGAAGCUCUCUACAGUCUAAAAGUCUGUCGUGAAAAGGGGGUGGACAGUGUGCUGACUCGCUUCCUGUGGUUCCUCCAGACCUUCCUGUUUGGGAUGGCCUCUCUUCACUUCCUGCUAGAGUACGAGCCUGCACCCCACCCCAAACAAACCUGAGGUCCCCCGACGUCCACUGCCCUUACCGGACCCCGCCAGCUUUCCCACAAUCCACUUCCAUGCCUUCUCAUAAUACAUCAUCAAACCUCCC